UGCAGAGCUAAGGGAGAACAGUCUUGCCGUUGGUAGAGUGUGUUAAUUGAAAGCAUGUUGGCUACUAAGCUGUCCCGGCCUCUCCUGAACUCCGUGAAAGCCCUGAAUUUCAAGGACCCAGGGAAUGGCUUCAGGCCUCUGCAACGAUUUUGCUUGCCCCUCUUGUCCCCGUGUGGCAGCCGCUCUUAUGCAAGUGAAGUCGAUCAGAUUGACAGCAGAGCUGUGCUAAUAACGGGUUGUGACUCAGGGUUCGGAUUUGCCUUGGCCAAGCACCUGCAUGCCAAGGGCUUCAUUAUUUAUGCUGGCUGCCUGCAAAAGGACAAGGGAGAUGGUGGCUCCAAGGAUCUGGACAACAUGAACAGUGAUCGAAUGAGAACUGUCCAGCUCAACGUCUGUGACAGCAAAGAGGUGGACCGAGCAGUGGAGCACGUGAAUAGCAGCCUGGAGGACCCAGAGAAAGGGCUCUGGGGGCUGGUUAACAACGCUGGGAUCUCCACAUUCGGGGAAGUCGAGUUCACCAGCAUGGACACCUACAUGGAGGUAGCUGAAGUGAACCUGUGGGGGACUGUGCGAACCACCAAGGCUUUCCUCCCACUCAUCCGGAGGUCAAAAGGUCGCGUGGUGAACAUCAGCAGCAUGAUGGGUCGGAUGGGCAGUCCUGCCCGGUCGCCCUACUGCAUCACCAAGUUUGGCGUGGAAGCCUUCUCUGACUGCCUGCGGUACGAAAUGCAGCCCCAGGGGGUGAUGGUCAGCAUCGUGGAGCCUGGCAACUUCAUAGCGGCCACCAACCUGUACAGCCCCGAGCGGAUCAAAGCCAUAGCCGACAAAAUGUGGGACGAGCUCCCGGAGAUAGUGCGCAAGGACUACGGCAGGAAGUACUUCGAUGAGCAGGUCAGCAAGAUGGAGACGUACUGCAACAGCGGCUCGACAGACACCUCGCCGGUCAUCGAAAGCGUAGCCCACGCGCUCACCUCCACCACCCCCUACACCCGCUACCACCCCAUGGAUUACUACUGGUGGCUGCGCAUGCAGAUCAUGACACACAUGCCGGCUGCCAUUUCAGAUCGGCUCUAUGUCUAUUGAGGCCUCACCCUCCUAGGCUACCCAGGAGGGAAAUUUGUUUUAAAGAGCAUUGUACACACUUCCCAUUAGUCCUUCUUAAUUUUUUCUAACCUCCUUUCAGAGUACUGUAUUUUAGCUCUAAAGGGUUCAUUUAAACAUCUGACAUAACCUUAAAAGGCAGUAAUUUGCAAGGGAUGCUUCCUAGGCGGGAAUGCGUUAUGUUUGUGCAGGGACGUCGAUUCUUUGCUAUUUAUUUCAUGUAAUCCUUUUUUUUUUUCACCUCAAAUAUCAAGUUAUAAUCGUUAUUUAAACUGCAAUUGCUCUGAAGUGUUUUCAGAAUAAUUUCUGCUGAUGGCUGAACAGUCUCCACAAUUCCUGCCUAGGAUGCUGCCCUCACACCACAAAACAGAGGCCCUCUGAGCUGUAAUGGCAAACCGCUGCCUCCUGAUGACAAAGACUUUUCCAGGCCUGGUCACAGUAGCCCAAGGCAGAGCAGAGACUUCUUUAAUUUGGGGAUCAGAACUCAAAAUGCUCGAGGUGCUGAAACUGAGCAACUGACCCUGUCCCUUUCUCUCUUAGAAUUACACUGAUGAAACCUUAGAGAAAAGGAACCAGUCUGCUUUUCUUGCAUGCUU